UUCUGCAGCACAGCGAACAACAGAGGCCCUACAUUCCUGCUCCUAGCCAUGGACUUCUAUCCUCCUCAGCUGGCUGGACAAUCCAGUACAACCACCUCGCUAGAACACCUAGGAUCCUCCACCCAGGCCAAUCAACAGCCUGUGACUCCUGACACCGUGACCACCGAAAAUAAAAGAAAGAAGCGCACAGGAAGUAGCGGAAAGGAUGGGACCAAGAUAAAAAAAACAAGGCAGAGCCAGUCAUGUGAUGCUUGCCGCGCCCGAAAAGUCAAAUGCGACAGACCGCCUCCGGGAAAAGAGACUGACGGUCCAAUCAAGAACAUGUGCAGCCAUUGCGCUCAGCUGAAUCUACCAUGUACUUUCGAUUAUGUGCAACGGAAAAGGGGUCCCCCCAAUAUGUAUUUGAAGCGUAUACAGGAAGAUCAGCAGGUUGAAUGCAACGAAAACGGAAAAUCCAUCUCCUCAACUGUUGGUUCUUCAAAAUUCAGCUCUGAAGUACCCGCAACUAUACCACGUGCCCCUCCACCGCUACAGGCUGCGUUGCGGGGAACACCACCUGCGACGUCGGAUAACACGUCUUCUGAAUGGCAGCCGACCUUGGGCAUGACUAUGUCUACUACACGCGCGGCUCAUGCUGGACAUUACCCUAUCAUGUCCAUUUCUGCCAGUUCGUCUCCCAGUGUCCAGGCCGCUACAGUACCUCUCGGACUUUCACCUCUACGUUCAAGGAGUUAUCUCCCUGUCUCUCUUGACCCCUCCCAUUCACUGGCUACAAGUCAAACUCCGAGUGCACAAUCUUCACCGCUUCACUUACCUCAACACCUUGCUUAUAUCAACCACACAUAUGACCCGCGAAAUCCUCUUGAUUCUGUCCUUCCACGUCGGCUUCUUUACCAUAUCAUUGAUCUAUACUUUGAUUAUAUUUAUUGCUUAAUUCCUUGCUUGCACAGACCAUCAUUUAUCCACGAUCUGAACACAAAACGGGAAGAAAACCCGGAUCAGGAGGAAUGGGUGAUCUUGGUUCUGGCUGUUGUAGCAAGUACGUUAGUGCAGCUUCCGAGAAGCUUUGUCGAUCUGCCCAGAAAUGAAGUCAAGGACCUCGUUUUAAGAUGUCACAAUAGAAUCAAAGACUAUUUAGCACGAGAUUUCGAUACUAUUACCGUGACAAGAACCAUCAUUAUCUAUCUCAGCUUAUACGUUUAUGGAAUCACUGGGCACAUCGUAGUCAGCCAUGGAUUAUUCGGUCAGAAUUACGUUUUCAUGCUUGCUCUACGAGCCCAUGAGGAAGGUACAUACGCUACACUGGGAAACAUUGAGCGGGUACUUUUGAGACGGAUGUUUUGGCUCAUGUAUGGUGGGGAUAAGACACUUGCUUUCACAGGAGCUUUCCCUGUAUUAUUCCAUGAAGACGAUUGUGCCAGUGUGGCGCUUCCCGACGACAUUGAUGAUGAAUACUUGACGGAAGAAGGAUAUACAAAACAACCCGAAUCCUACACUUCAGUGUUGAGCGGCUUCCGCUAUAUCAGCCAUCUUUUUCGCGUUUCAGGAGAAGUGUUGGAUAAGCGUCGACGAGAUAAAAUAAGGUCGCCGUCUGGUUUAAUGCUCCAAAUGAGAAUCAAUGAGAUUAAUGAGCUUUACAACCGUACGAUGUCCAUCAUGGAUUUUUGCCCCGCACCUUUAAAGUUAGAUUACAGAUCCGCAAGUGCAUCUGUCAUGUCUAUGUCUCCAGAUUGGGACGAAAGAAUCAAGAGUGACAUUCAUACCAUCUUUUCUGACCCCAACGAACAUGACAUGGAUCUCGUCAAGGACUUCUACUUAGUUCAGCAGGCCAAUAUCUACGUCACACAGCAACUAGUUCGGUUCAUAAUUAUCCAAUAUCGAGAAGAGCUCCUCGAAAUUCAGCAAGACGAAGCACACCAUGGAUUAGACCUCGCCCAAAGGGAAGCGAUGAAACGCUCAAUCAGAGAACAGACACAAGAUGAAAAGGAUGAGGUAGUCGUUGACAUGCUAUCUAUCUUGCAAAAAAUUCCAAUUCAAGUUCUCGCGGUGAACAGUUUCACUAUUAUCGAGAAGGUUCGAUCUGUUGCUUCGAGUCUGCUUGAUUUUUUGGACCAUGGUGAAGACAUGGGGUUGCUGCCGCUUUCGUCUCAUGAAACAAGAGCGCAGAAAGCCCAGAGAAAUCUUUGGAAGUUCCUAAAUUACUUGUCCGAAAUCGAGAGUAUGUACUCCUGGCAUGACGAGAAAGGGACGGGUAAAGGAUUUUAAUUACCAGCGAGCCGGGCAGAAAAAGGUGGGGGGUUAGGGACAGCUGAGGAGAAGACCCCGUUGGUUGUAAAGCGUUGUAUCGCCAAACGACUCAUAUUGUUGCUGUUGCUAUGGUGACAGAUGUUGUAUCUGCAGGGCAUUGCUUUCACAGUUGCAUUGCAUUCACAGUCUUAACUUCACAUUAUUGUACAACUACUUUUCUUUCUCUAUCAACAUAGAGACAGCUUCUAUAGGUGUUAGAAGAAUAACCUUAUUUAUUGGAAAGAAAAAGCGAUCGCAAUCAUUCAGUCACUUAACUACGUACUCAUCCACGAAUGGA